AUGGACGACGACCGCUAUCAGCAUGAUGGCUACGAGCAGUUCGGCGCUCCGCGCCGCCCGUCGCAGUACGACAUGCUUCGGCCUCAGUUCAAGCAGCCUGGAAGAUCAGUCGCACCCUGUGAUCGCUAUCGCGCCACUCAAUAUGACGACCCCCAGUAUGACGUGGUUGAGGACGACAGCAUAUACGACCGAGGUCAGCAACUCGACUCAUUCGGCCCUUCCACGUUCUACAAUCAUGCGGCGCCUACUCAAUCGCAGCCGUCUUACCAGGCUCGUGAUCAAGACAUGUACCAUGAAGAAGAGUACCAUCCGCGUUCUGAGCAGGCUAUGCGAGGUCAAAUGAGUCGCUUUGCCUACAAUGCCGCUCCGCUUCAAGAGUCCAGUUCUGACAUGCCGCUCGGCCCGUCUUCCAGUCCAACACUCAGGGCAAGUCAGCGGCGUGCCGAGCAAGUCAAUGAUUUCGGACCUCAACACGGCUCACAGGCCCCACCAUUCGAAGGCGACGGCCAUGUUCUUGCUGAAGAGUACCGACAACAACAUGAGCGCUCCCAUGGAAUGGCUGCACUGCCCAGUUUUCGACCACAUGCUAGCCAGCAACGCGCAUCCGCCGCACAGCACAGAGGCGAACUCAAUCCUCCGCAUCAUCGACAAGCUCCCCUAGAGCCGCAGACGUACCCAGAAGAUGUGUCUAGCGCUGCUCCCAUGUGCCAAGGUAUCCGCCUGAUUCCUGUCACUACCCUACCAGAUCGUCUUCGAACGGUGUUUCCUUACCCGACCUUCAACGCCGUACAGUCCAAGUGUUUUGACCGAGUCUUCAGGACCGAUGACAAUUUCGUACUUGCAUCCCCUACUGGAAGUGGUAAGACCGUCAUUCUCGAGCUCGCUGUCUGUCGAGCUGUUGCCACCAACGCGACCGGCCAGUACAAAGUGGUCUAUCAAGCGCCGACAAAGGCUUUGUGUGCAGAACGCCAACGUGACUGGGAAGCCAAGUUCAAUAGGUUAGGCCUUAAAUGCGCCGAGCUGACCGGCGACAGCGACCUUGGGGAUUUACGCAACGUACAGAGCGCCAACAUCAUCAUAACAACACCCGAGAAGUGGGACAGCAUGACCAGGAAGUGGAAAGACCAUGAGAAGUUGAUGAGACUCAUCCGGGUCUUCCUUAUCGAUGAGGUGCACAUACUCAAAGAAGAUCGUGGUGCUACGCUUGAGACGGUCGUUUCGCGGAUGAAGUCUAUUGGCACGGAUGUGCGCUUUGUGGCUUUAUCAGCUACAGUACCCAACUUCCAUGACAUUGCGGCAUGGCUGGGAAAGAACUCAUCGGAGCCAGACAUUCCCGCCGCCAAUGAGAAGUUUGGUGAAGAAUUCCGCCCAGUCAAGCUGCGCAAGCACGUUCGAGGCUUUGCAUACAGCUCCAGCAACGAGUUCGGCUUUGAAAAGGUGCUUGAUGCCAGAAUCCCUGAGGUUAUCGCUUCUCACUCACAGCGUAAGCCGCUCAUGGUCUUUUGCGCAACCCGAAACUCCACAGUCAGCACGGCAAAGCUGAUAGCAAACUGGUGGGUCUCGGCAUCAGACCGAGAUCGCAUGUGGAAGCCUCCGUCUAAGCCACCCCUGCUGCUGAACAAGGAGCUUCGAGAUACCGUGUCUUCUGGUGUAGCCUUUCAUCACGCCGGACUUGAUCUCGAUGAUCGGACCAAAAUCGAAAAAGGUUUCAUCGCUGGCGAGAUCAGUGUCAUCUGCUGCACAUCCACGCUCGCGGUCGGAGUCAAUCUACCCUGCCAUCUCGUCAUCAUCAAGAAUACCAUGGCCUGGGGUGCGGAAGGAAUGCAGGAGUAUUCGGGCCUGGAGAUGAUGCAGAUGCUGGGUCGCGCGGGACGACCUCAGUACGACGAUUCAGCUGUAGCAGUGAUUAUGACCAGGCAGGCGAAAGUCCGACGGUACGAGAUGUUGGUCACAGGCCAGGACCUCAUCGAGAGUAAACUCCAUCUCAAUCUGGUAGAUCAUAUGAACGCCGAGAUUGGACUUGGAACCAUUAGCGACCUAGAGUCAGCUAGGAAAUGGCUAAAAGGUACAUUCCUUUACGUCCGACUCCAGCAGAAUCCUAGUUACUACAAAUUGGACGGCGCUCGAAGUGGUCAAAGCAUCGAGGAGCAAGUUGACGACAUAUGCUUCCGCGACAUCACACUCUUGCGCGAGACCAAUCUUGUGUCAGGGCAAGAGUACUUCCGAUGCACCGAGUUUGGCCAUGCUAUGGCACGGUACUACGUACAUUUCGAGACUAUGAAAGUCUUUAUGGAACUCGGGCUGAAGUCAACUCCCUCGGAGAUCCUCUCCGCCAUAGCUCAAGCUGUUGAGUACUCUACGAUACGCUUCCGUCAAGGUGAAAAGGCAUUCUACAAGCUCCUCAACAAGUCCGCUUCGAUCCGCUGGGCUAUCCCUGUGAACCUCGAUCUACCAUCGCAGAAGGUAUCUUUAAUCGUACAAUCCGUUCUUGGGUCUGCCGACAUCUCCUGGGAAGGCGAGGCCGGCAAGCAUCGUUCUCAGUAUACGACGGAGACACAAAUCAUCUUCAAGAAUAUUGGCAGUCUAAUCCGAUGCAUCAUCGACUGCCAGAUUGCCUUAGGUGACUCCAUCAGUAUCCACAGUGCUCUCAUGCUCGAGAGAAGUUUAGGCGCCAGAAUUUGGGAUGAUAGCCCGCUUCAAAUGAAGCAAAUUGGAAGCAUCGGCAACGUCGCUGUCAGAAAGCUCGUCAAUGCUGGGCUGAAGUCCAUGGAAGAUCUUGAAGGAUGCGAGCCUUAUAGGAUCGAAGCACUCGUCGGUCGAAAUCCACCUUUUGGCCUCGACGUGCUCGAGAAAGUCCGGUCGUUUCCGAAGCUUCGCGUCUCACUUAAUGCUCAACCGUCAACCGCAAUCAAAACCCACGAUGGGGUCAAACUCCAGAUCAAGGCAGACAUUGGCUUCAUCAACGAGAAGCCGCCCCAGCGCUUCAACAACAAACUCAUAUACGUGUGCCUUUUGGUGGACACUUCCGAUGGCCGCAAGGUGCAUUUUGCUCGCAUCAGAAAGGUGUCCGCCACCAGCGAUGACUAUGGAGAUGGUGAUGUGGAUGAUGAUGCUCUUGUCAACGCUUCCUUCCGUGAUCUUGAUCAUGAUCACAUCGAGAAUUAUGCCGACCCUAUCGAUUCUAUUACGCGGAAGAAUACGGCGAAGAACAAAGCGACCAAGAACAAGGAUGACGAGAAGAGCAAACGCAUCGUACGACCGAUUGAUACUACUGCUGAACAAGAUGAUCUAGAGCCAGUACAGCUAGCUAAUGGAAAGUGGGCCUGCAAUCACCCGUGCAAAGAUCGAAGUGCAUGCAAGCACCAGUGUUGCAAGACUGGUAUGGAUAAACCAUCGAAGAAGAAAGCUGUCGCCAAACGCGUUCCAUCGUGCGAAGAUCGGCCUGAGCCGACGCAGAAACCACCGGUGCCGAAAGGCAAAGAGAAGCAAACAAAGCUUCAACUCACAGCUUCUAAGAGGAAGGUCUCUGCGCCAAUUGACGAGCUCGAUCUCACGCAGCAAGAAAAGAAGCAGAGAGCCGACUAUGGCACCAACGGACCCAGAGACUAUCGCGGCCUCCAUCAGCUGCAUAAGACGAUCCAGGGCAAAGAGCUUCCUUCUUCUCUUCAUUCCGUCAAGUACAAGAAGCCAGCAUAUUGCUACUCUCAAGGUGGUGAGCAUAGUCUUGACUUUAUGGGCAGCUCCGCUCCUGAGCGGCAUCCAACAUCAAGCGAUUACGGUGAUUUUCGAUUUGAUGAGCCAUCAGUCGACUCCGGUCAUCCGCAGCAUCAGCCUGCGCAACAAGACUUAAUCGGUGACACACAAGAGCCGGAAGAUUACAUGGACUAUGAGCCUGCAGCUCCUGCAGCCUCUCACGAAUCCGACGCCUUUGAUGAUGACGACUCCGUCCUUCGAGAGGCUUUCAUUGGGCUUGCAGAUUCUCAGAAUCUUCAGGAGAUUUGUGAAAGCGACAUUAAUACCAUGCAGCCCUUCGAAAAUGUCAUCGACGAUGACUACAUGGGUUACGGAGAAGGUGACAAGCAGAUGGACUCUAGUUUGGUCAAUACCGAAGAUCACGUUCCGCAAAAGCCGAAGUUCAGUCAUCGCGAUCAUCCUCGCAAAGCAGAAUUCAAGACCUCUCGAUCGCCUUUCUUUGACAGCGAAGACAGUACCGAAGCCAAGAUUGCAAACGCCAUACCCGCAAAGAUAAUCACGUCGCCAAAUAUGCAACAACGGACGGCUACGCCACGCGAGCUGCAUACAGCCGGCGACCAACAAGACGCGUGUGUCGACGAAGAGGUGGCAGGCAUGUUGAACAUGUUCGGCGAUGAGCCGGUUGUUGUCUCACUGGUCGAGGAGAAGCUGGUACCCGAAGCUUUCAAGGACCUGGAGCCGUGGCUGUUCCAAGAGUUCGGCGACAUCGUGGAACUAGUUGAUGACUAG